AGUAAAUUACUUAACAAGUUUGUGAUAGUGUUUUGAUUUAAUAAGUUUCCUUGAAACCAAACAAUGUUUGUUAUCCUAGUUUGUUUGUUUGUCUGUCUGUUGUAUUUUCUUCGUGGGAGAGAGAAGACACCGCCAGUAGUGCCAAAUCUACUGAGACUGGUAUGGACGAUUGGUACAUCCAGUUUAGCAGAUUUAUUCAAAGAGAUAGUAAAACUAGGAGAACACACAUCAAGGCUGGGAGGAGUCACGAAAGUAGAUGUAAAGUUCCUGUCUUUGUACUUUAUAACUUCUCCCGAUGAUGUGGCUACGGUGCUAUACCAGAGCGCAGAGAAGUCAUUCUUCUAUGAUCUGAUCAAGCCUUAUGUUGGAGACCAGCUGGUUACUGCUAACGUGCCAGUAUUCAAGCGGAAUAGACCCAUAAUGGAUCUGGCCUUGAAGAUUGACGUAAUCCAACAGUACCUGCCCACCUUCAACACGUAUUCUGCCAAGCUGGUGGAAGACCUGGGUGAGAAGGUGGGGAUGGAAUGUGAUCUGACCGACAUCAUCACCAGGAAUAUAUUGGAGAUGGUUGCCCAAGCCACAAUGGGCCAUUCCACCACAGAUCUCAUUACUGACGACUACGCAGCAGCAGUGGACAGAGAGUUGGAAGUCCUAGUCAACAGGGUGAGAAGACCCUGGCUGUUCUUUGAUCUGUUCUUCAAUUUUAGCGAGGAGAAGAGGCAGCAGGAUAGAGCGUUGGAGGUGAUAUGGGGACUGUCUGAUAGGAUGAUAAAACUGAGAAAAGAAGAACAUUAUAAAAGAUUGAAGAAUGAACAUGUCGAAAAAGCGGAAUUCCGUAGCUUUCUCGACGUCGUCAUACAAAACACGGUCACUUCAGACAGCGAGCUAUACACAGACAUAGAGCUACGAAAUCUAGUGGACAAUAUUAUGUUAGCGGCCUUCGAUACAUCGGCCACAGCUAUUGAGUUCCUGAUGAUGUGUGUGGGAUCCGAUAGCAGGGUCCAGGAGAAGGUUUAUGAGGAACUAAACCGCGUCAUCGUGCCCAAAGGAAGAGCUGUCACUCAGGAGGAUCUACCGCAGCUGGUGUAUUUGGAGGCUGUCAUCAAAGAGACACUACGGUUGUACCCCAUUGGACCGAUCAUGGCAAGAAGAGCGUCCAAGAAUAUGAAGCUAGAGAACUACACAAUCCCCGCUGGAGCCCAGCUCGUCGUCCACAUCUGGUCGGUCAACCGCAACAAGCAGCUGUGGGGGGCUGAUGCUGAUGAGUUUAUCCCGGAGAGGUGGCUGGAUCCCGCCAGAAUACCCUCCAGCCCCGUCGCGUUUGGCACCUUUGGCCCGGGACGGAGGUAUUGCAUUGGUAAAACCUACGCCAUGCACAUGAUCAAGAUUGUGUCAGCUCACAUACUACAGUCAUACAGAGUGACGGCUGACAUUUCCAAGCUGGAGCUAGAGUUUGUAGUGUUACUGAAACCCGUGGCUGGUCGAAGUAUGAGGAUUGAAAGAAGAUAAUAAAUAAUAAUAUUAUAUGUUGAACAAAGAACGACACAUUAUAAUGUAUA